AUGGAUUCGUAUAAUCCAUAUAGCCAGGCCCCCAAUUUUGUUGAUCUGCUUAACAGUCAACAAGAUAGUCUCCUUCCUGAACUCGGUUCAUCGCAACUCCCUGUCUUUAGUACCCAAUCUUACUAUGCAGCUAGUCCAAAGGUGGAAAGGGGUGAUAAGCGAGAACCUCUUCAGUGUAAGCAAAGGUGGCAGAAGCUGAACAAUCCUGUGUGCAAUUUCUGUGGAUCCUAUGCGGCUGCAACAAGACAGAAAACAAGUGGUCAGAGUGAGAGUGAUGUUGUGAAACUGGCACACAAGAUCUUUUUCAACGAUCACAAGCUUAAAUUUAACCUUCACCAUGCUUGGGAGGAGCUCCGCUAUGACCAGAAAUGGUGUGAGCAUGCUAGUAGUAAGCUUGGUGGAAGCACUAAGAAGAGAAAGUGUGAGGAUGGAGCAGAAACAACAAGCUCUCAAACAACUAUCAAUCUAGAUGAGCAACCUACCAAACGUCCAGCGGGUGUUAAGACUGCGAAAGCAGCUUCUGCAAAUAAGCCAAUAGUAGAUAAGGAGGCUGCGUUAAAGUUUCAGACCACGUGCUCUAUUAAAGAGAAAGACUUGGGCCUGAAAGAGAGACUUUCGAAAAUGGAUCUGCUUAACAAUCUCAUUUCAAAAAAUGAGCCACUUUCUGAAAAAGAAAAAGCACUAAAGACUAAGCUUCUUACAGAGAUGCUGGAUAACUAG